GUGAUGGUCAACUGCUCCAGAAAUAGCAAGCCGCCCAUGCAGCGGUCAUCUUCGAUCUCCUUCUCUUUCCGAGCCAGUCUCAGCCUAAAACCAUCCACAACCUCAUCCUCAUCCUCAUCAUCCUCAUCAGCUUGCUGCCUGAAAACCGUAGUCUCGCUGGCUCUCCUGUGUCACUCCAUCGUCUCAUGUCGGUAGCCUCAGCAGACGCAGGUCAGUACAGCAUCAGAUUGAUACACGUCAUCCCCAAAACACACAGACUAGACUGUAACCAUCAGUCACCGAGUAGCACUGCCACCAACAAACAACACACACACAACCCCAGCCACAAAACUCACCUGAUCCGAACCGAUUCCUCAGCGCUGAUAUACCCACCAACUUGUUUCUCAACCACCUAAAUAGCUCUCCUCUCCGCUGCCAGAGCUUACGCCUCACUCAAAAUGGCCCAGAACCCUUCAUCAGCUUCACCCUCCUCCAACUCCGCCUCAAGCACUCCAUCAACCCCUGUCGCUGCUUCCUCCGAACCCAAGCAACCGAUCUUCUACUCCAGAGCUCAACUACUCGCCUUGCACAACAGUCCCCUCUGCGUCAGGCCCCCUGCGCUCAAGCCUCUCAGCGAAUGGUUUGGUGAUUGCGACUUUGCCUCCGCCAGGUCUCAACCCAACCAUGCUACCCCAAAUGCCAAUCAACCUCCUAAUCAACGAUCUUCUCCCGAAAACAAAUCUCAAGCACUCUCCCAGUCCGUAGCUAGUCUGCCCGUCCUCGGAAGGAGCCAACCACCUGCCAGGAAUCCGUUCGCCAACUUUGGGAAAUUCGGAACAGAAGAGUCCUCCCCGUCCAACUCCUUUAGUAGCUUACAUCUCAACGGAUCAAGCAGCCCUCUCAAUAACUCCUUCAAGGGUGCUCGUAGGCUGAUGGAUCGCGAUGGCGCCCCUCACAUAGCCAGGACAGAUAACUUGAACGUUGACGGUAAUAGGAGGAAGCCAAACGAGAAUUCCGUCGGAACUGGUAAAGAGCGAUCAGGCAAUCAAAGAAUACCCGAUGACCAAGGAUCAUCGGAUGGUAAGCUGAACAACAACAACACCAACAACAGCAACCGUCGAACCCUGGACAGGUAUGUUCCUGAUCGUGAUCGGGAUGAUGCCCGAUUACGUAAUCGAGAACGAGAGCGUGAGAGGGAUCUCGAGCGAGACAAGACUCGUCGAUCCAGUCUCAACCCUCGAGACGGGCCAACCGGUGAUGAACAGAUGAAUUGGAGAAGGCCUCCCCCUGGCACGACUGGCGGUCCACCAGCCAAUAACAGCAGCACCAAGCGAUCCACAUCUUAUCACCAAACCACCAAUGUCGCCCGAGCCAAUAAAGAUACCCCGGAUACGCGUGACCACUCUGUUCGUGAGAAGGAGCGAGAAAAGACGAUCAACAACAAGUAUGCUCAGACCUCUAAUGCUUCAAACCGAAACAAUAACCAGCAACGAGCUCGAGAAAAGGAAAAGGAAAACACCGCAUCUCACUCACCAUCCAAUCAGAUCCACUCAUCAGCAUCACAUGCAACGGCUUCUAGAGAUACUCCACCAAUUUCCCCCAAUGUGCCUCUAACUUCCCAUACUACUAGACGUGUCAAGGAUGGUGCUUGGGACUCGGGAGAGGGCAAAUGGGAGAUCUCAAAGCCAUCCAACGGUCUUCGAAAUGAUAGUGGAUACGGAACCAGCGAGACUGAUGCUAUUCAGACCUGGAAAGCCGAAAUGAAGGCACUCGAAGCGCAAAAGAAAUUGGCUGCUGCCGCUUCACUAUCAGCUGCUGAGUCCCGAGACGAUUCUUCUACCCCUCUCCCAUCUCCUGUCAAGGUAGAAGAGCGUGUAGCAAACAGAUCGACACCAGAUCCUCAUGUCGAAGUACCACCGAAGCCGGAUCGUGACCUGCAAUCGAAUUCCUCAAAGCAAUUUGAUUUUGCAGUCAUAGGAACCUCAUCGAGCCCUAAUGAAAACGUUGGCACAAACUCCCAUCCUGCCAUUGAGAACGACCUUGCCGUUCUUCCUCGAGCCAGUCGAUUUGCGAAGUUUUUUGAUCACCACAAGGAUGGUGGGCAGCAAACUGGCUCCGCAUACAAGAACGAUUCUGAGAAGGGUAGUCCCCCAAAAAGUGCCGGUAGUCCAAGUGCAGAUCCCGAGAAUAUGGCCCGUGUUUUGAGUAUGCUUCAAAUGAGCUCAAAACCUUCAGAGCCCGCUUCUGACAGCACACAGGAUCCCCAAUCUCAUUCAUCGUCUUUCCAGCUUCUCAAUAAAUUGUUGCCCUCCAAUGGACAGCCGACUCACUACAACCGUGACCCCAUGGGAUUUGCUCAACUGCAUGGGGCCUCAUCCACUUCUCCAACAACCAUCCAUGCCCCCGGUGUACGAUCUCACCAUGAAGCCGAGCUUGGUGAUCGAAUCCAAACAGCCGAUGACCACACUCUCAAUCACCUCUCCCAUCACACCCUUCCAGCUUCUUCAACCCCCUUUUCUACCUUUGCCGGAGAUUCUCCUCAGCGAUCUUCGCCUGCCCACCAAAUGGGAGGUUUGGACGACCUAUCAAGCCACUCGUCAGCUGACCAUUUCAGCCAUCUAUCUGCAUCUCAAUCGGGCGCUAGUCAUGCGUUUGGAUCGCAGAAUGGCAACCCUGGCAGUAGCCCACACGGCUCCCAAUCUAUUGGCAGUGCUGUCAAUCAACCAUUCAGCCUCUUUGCGACGAAUCACCCUCCCCACGUAAAAUCACCAAUUGACGCUAGCUUUGGCGGGGUCCGCAAUCAAGCAGUUCAUGACCCGCAGAUGUUCCAACUUCGUCAUAUGCUCCACUCGGUCAACUCAAAUAACUUGGGCAACAUUCCUGCCCAGCAGCUCGCCCACGAUCGUAGCACUGAUAAUCAAAAACUGGCCUUUUUGUCCCGCCAGCUUCAUCAGCAACGUAUGAGCCAAUUUGAACAGCAACAGCAGCAACAGCAACAGCAAAAUGGGCUUGAGUAUCAACGUGUACCGAUUGCGGGUCCGACUUCGACGGUGAAUGGUACUUCUCAUGGUUUACAACACUUGAACUCCGCCGCAGGGUCGAAUGGAAUGAUCCAACUACCUUCUGCUAAUGCACCUCACUCGGCACUGAACAACCUCUUCCUUCAUCACCAACAGGUACCAGCGCAUCAUCCGGGUAUUCUUCCCCCUUCGGUGAACUUUACUGGCUCACCGACUGGGGCCCAAAACGCGAUUGGGAACGGACGGCCCGGUCCGGCAGGCUUUGGCCACCAAGCCCCGCAGAUCCUCCCUGGCCUUCAACACCACCCCAUGAAUCAUCAACAGCAGCUCCAACUACAACAGCAGCAACAGCUUCAACAACUCCAACGCCAACAAGCUCUAGCAGCUGGCACCUUCCCUACUCAUCCCGCGAACCCUAACCUCUCGUUCCCGUUCAUCGGUGGCCCGGCUAACCGUGCGUUCACAGGUGCUGGCUACGGUAACGUCAACGGCUUUGGAGUCAUUCCCAUCAUCAACAAUCAAACCGGCACCACCAUCAUCCCCCAGCAAGUUCAACCCCACCCGUCGUUGAACUCGAACCCUAAUGGCUUGGCCGGCAAUGUCCAACAACACUUCCAGCAUCCUCUUGCUAACUUGCAACCUCCCCCUCCUCCUCAACAACAACAACAGCAGCAGCAACAGCAGCAACAGAGUGGUAAUAAUGGACAGCCGAGCUCGAUCCAUCAUUCCCAACUCGACCUCAUGAGCUUGUUGAACGCCGGUAAUCAGCGUCGCAUUGGAAUGUAAUCUGCUCUCAUCCUGUGUCAAUUGACAUCAAGAGGUUGCUCCAGAACUUUCCUUGUGAUCUCCACUUGUUAUCUCUCAUCAUCACCACUUGUUCUCCUUUUCAGUCUUCUUAUCUCAUAUUUCUCUCUCUCUCCAUGUCCUUAGAUCAAUGUUACAGAUUACAAAUAAUCAUCAUAUUCUUAUUCUUUUUUUUCCCUCCUCAUCAUUUUUUCCCUCUUUGUCUCUCUUUCCCUCUUGUGUGACUGGCUUCCUUUCCUAUUGUCUCAUGUGGUUCAUUGUCAUCCAAAUGCAGUAUAUGUGCCCUGUUUCUCUCCCCCUCCCCCCUUUUUUUGUUGAUGUAUUCAGAUUCUUUUUUUUUCUUCUUGAGUUUUUUUGUGUUUGUGUUUUUUUUUGGAGGAGGAGUGAAAGAAAAGAAGAAUGGUUUUGUUUUUGUCCCCUCACUUUUUUUUUCUUUUUUUUUUUUUGACACAUGUGAUAAUGGCAUGAGGUGUAGAUAUUAACAUACUCAUACGACUCUUUCCUCUCUUUCUCUUUCUCUCACUCAUCUUCAUCAUCAACUGCGGCUUCUCAUUCUUGUCCAGUCCACUCCACAUAGCUUGGUCUCCUCUUUUCAUAUUUGCAUCUAUUUACUCGUGUAUUUACUUGCAACACUCUCUUAGACAAUGUAGAUAUAUAUAUAUAUUAAUCAAUCAUCAUUCAUGUUUGAAGAUUCUUGGAGCAGCUUUUCCUUUUCCUUUUUUUGACUCCUUUUUUUGUGUGUCUGUGUGGCUUGGUUUUUUUUUUUUUUUCUCUUUUCUCUUUGUCUUUUUUUUUCUUCUUACUGUUAUCAAAAAAAAAAGGAGACAAGUUUGUGGGGAAAAGAAGAAAGAUGAACAGAGUCAAUGAAAGAAACAAAAAAAAAGUGUUUGUGUGUAUGUGUGUAUGUUACAUAACAAUGUAGAGUGUGUUUUGGUUUUUAGUUUGUUUGUUUGUGUCUGGUUGGGUAUGUGGUUUUGAUU